AUGUCCACGACUCUUAUCAAUGGACCAGACUUUUUUGAACCGUUAACGACGAUUGAGCCGCUGCAGUUUAAACUAUUGAACUCCGGAGCGACUGCCACUGCGUUCCCUGUAUACUCGCCAGAAAAUGUCCCGGAUUCUCUGAUUGACUUUAUGCAUUCAGAGUUUAACAGAGUAAUCGAAGAUGGACGUACAUAUCCCCAGUUAAAGGAGCUGACCAGAGACGAGUUCAUCAAGCAAUGGUUUUCAUCUUUCUGCGCUAUAGUAUUGAAAACCGACAAGACCAAAAUUGAUCCCAAUUGGACCAACUGGGAGGAUCUGCUUCUGGGCACCUUUUACAUUAAACCCAACUAUACCGGAAGAUGUUCUCACAACUGCAACGCAGGCUUUCUCGUCAAUACCGCGCAGCGGGGCCAAAAAAUUGGCUUUCGUCUCGGACAAUUAUACCUAAAAUGGGCACCUCUGCUGGGCUACAAAUACUCCGUUUUUAACCUCGUUUUUGUCACGAACCCAGCCAGUUGGAAGAUCUGGGAUAAAUUGAAAUUUGAUAGAAUUGGAUACAUCCCAAAAGUGGCCAUUUUGAAGGGCUACGACGAGCCUAUAGAUGCAAUCAUGUUUGGAAAAGACCUAACAAGCGUUGACAGCAGCCUUUACGAAGACCUCCAGUGCUAA